AUGCAGUUCUCACGGUUUAUUCCCCGAGCAGGGACCCCUUCCCUUCCUCCAUAUGGCGCUCAUGGUGCUCCAUCUUCAGCGGAUGGAGCUCGCGGUGCUGCUCCUCCCGACGCUAUAACGCCAUACCUGGGACUUAGAGCUCGACUCUCACAAGUCUGGAUCAAUAAAUGGACUAUUCUCAUACUACUUGUGCUCGUUAGACUACUCAUUGCUGUUGGCUCACUGGAUCGCAACAUGGCCUCUGCCGAGCGGGAAGCACUGUCAGCGUGCACGAGUGUUGAAUCUAUGGGCAGCGCCAUGGCUUCGAUGCCUCACUAUAUGUCCAUGGGUGUCAACGAACUCACUGCCUCCGGAGUGGAAAAGGCAGUCAACGGACUGAUGUCGAUGCUAUCUCUAGUCGUCACGGGCGUGGAAGAGAUUGUUCUCUUUGUUAUUCAUGUACUAACCAGCACAUAUCUUUGCCUUAUUACCCUCGUCGUCCGUGGAAGUUUACACGUUGCCUUGAAGAUCAUCGAGGAUACGACAGAGUUUCUAAAUAAGACUCUCCACGAUAUCGGAUCUGGAAUUACCAAAGGCGUCGAUGGAUUCCAAAAAGAAGUGAACGACUUUAUCAAGGGAAUCAACACGGUCACAAGCAUUUUCGGAGACAACAACAAGAUUCCCUCCCUAGACAUUUCUGGCGAGGUUAACAAGCUCAACGACCUGAAGUUGCCAUCGUCUAUUAAUGACGGACUAGACAAGAUCAACUCCUCAAUUCCCAUCUUCGACGAGGUCCAAGAGCUGGCCGAUACCGUCAUUCGCAAACCUUUCCAACUUGUGAAGAAACUUAUCAAUGAAACUGUUGUCGACUAUCAUUUCGAUCGCUCCCUUUUCCCGGUUCCCGAGAGGGAGGUUCUUGAUUUUUGCACUAAAGAUGAUGGAAUUAGCAAUUUUUUCGACGGAUUAAGAGUUGUCAUCAGCACUGCGCAAAAAAUAUUCAUUGGCGUUCUUGUUGUGGCCGCAAUUGCUGCCUGUAUCCCCAUGGCUUAUGGAGAGGUUCGCCGAUAUAGUCGCAUGAAGGAACGUUCCCUUCUAGUACGGAAAGAUGCUCACGAUCCGAUGGAUGUCGUUUACAUCAUCUCUCGGCCUUACACCUCUGCUGGUGGGCUGAAGAUAUCCAGUUGGUUCAGAUCUGGUCGCAGACAAGUUCUCGUCAGAUGGAUGGUUGCCUACGUAACUUCUCCUACCGCUCUUUUCCUCCUCUCUCUUGGAAUAGCUGGUCUCUUUGCCUGUCUUUGCCAAUAUAUCCUCCUCCAAGCCGUCAAGAAGGAAGUUCCUGCUCUUACGGGCCAAGUAAGCCAAUUUGCAGACAAAGUGGUUCAUUCUCUCAACAAUGCUUCCAAACAAUGGGCAAUCGGCACCAACGGAGUUAUCGACCACACAAACAAUGACAUCAAUCAAAAGGUCCUGGGAUGGGUCAACCAGACCACCGGCCCUGUAAAUGACACUUUGAAUGCCUUUGUUGAGAAGACGAGCGAAGUGCUUGAUAAGGCCUUUGGCGGCACUAUCCUCCACGACCCAAUCCAAGACGUUCUCCACUGCCUUAUCGGGCUCAAGAUCGAAGGUAUCCAAAAGGCUCUUACAUGGGUCUCUGACCAUGCCCAUGUCGACUUUCCUUAUGUUCGCGAGGAUAUGUUCUCGCUAGGUGCUAUCCAAAGCAUUUCCAAGGAUAACGCUACGAACCCGGAUAGUUUCCUUGCCAAUCCAGGAGACAAGACAGCGGACAAAAUCAGCUCCGUCGUCAUCCGUGUAACUGAGGCAGUAGAAUCUGGAAUCAAAACAGAAGCACUUAUAUCCACUGCCCUCAUCUCCCUUUGGUUCUUGCUCUUGUUGAUUGCCUUCAUCCGGGUUCUUACCCUUGCCUGGCGCCGAGAUAGAGUACGUGGAGACGGCGGAAUUGACGCGGCCUAUCAUCCUCCUGCUGUUGGUACUCGUGCCGUUCCAAACAUUGAACUGAAUAACUUCCACGAUGUUCCGCUAAAUAGCCCUGCAAUCGGAACUGGUAUGGCCCUCGGCGCAGCUCCCAAGUACAGCGCUACACCCAACCCCCUUGGAUCUCUAUAUCCAACAGCCACCAGCAAUGAAGAUGAUUACCAGGCUCAAAAGCUUGGGUAUGCGGGGCAGAGAGAUUAUGAGAUGGCUUUACAAAAGGAGAUGAGAACGAGCAGCCACGGUCAAGUCGAGUAUGGGACAGAUGUGAAGCAUGGUUAA